AUGAACAACUUCAAUAUUCCAUCCUACAUUCGCCCUCAUAACCAACCUAAUAAAAGGCGCAGACUGGAAAAUAAACCAUGCGACGUUGUACCGCUCUUGGAGACAGAAAUUCCCCACGUAUAUGGCAUUGGAGACAUGGUUCUCGAAUACACUGGAGCUGAUAUCGAGCUAAAUUAUGACGAGGCACCUGUCCUUGGCUUGACGUUCACAAUUGAAGGUGAGAGGAAGCAAAAAAUUUGCUGGAAAAGAAGUUGUGUCCAAAGUGGUGUUUAUCGAUGUGUCGAUUGUGACGAGAAGUAUCAAAGACUUUGCGAUGUGCAGUUGACUUCGUAG